AUGGCAUUCCUGUUGGCCUUCACCGGCACGUAUCAGGUAUACGGACCGACGGAUUAUACCAAGCAGCUAUACGCCAUGGGUUUGAUCAAAGAAGACGAAGUCAUCUACAGCGAUGAGUCGAGAAAUGCCAAGUACAAUGCUGCCAACUCUUUGCUCUUCUGGUGCGUCAUCUAUGCCGCCAAAGCGAGCUUUUUAGCGUUGUAUUGGCACAUCUUCGCCUUCUCGACCAAAUUCCGCAUCGCAUGGGCGGUAACCACGGCGUAUAUCCCGACAAGCUUUGCCAUCACUUUCAUGUGGUCAUUCUUCUUGUGCGGCAAUCCCAAAUACUUUCCGGAUUCCCAGCUGGCCGUACUACCUUUGGCGAUGCUGAGACCUCUUCUUAUGCGGACCGCUCAGAAACUCGAGCUAGCCAUCAUCUUCCUACUAGUAGCUGUCAACAUGGUGCUUACGAUUCUCCGGACCGUCUACAGCAUUGAUGUCAAUCUCGCAAAAUUUCCCGAUCAAAACAUCCUGUGGGUCUUUUUGCAGGCGGCCGGGUCGGUCAUCGUCUGCGCGUUACCGUGCUAUCGUGGUAUUCUGACGCGAAAGAAACCUGAUACAAUGCCUAAUGACGAGCUGACCUCAAGUGAGUCAGAAUUUGCCGAUAUCUGGCAGAGAUACUUAAUAAGCAUCGGGGAACACAAAGAUGGAAGCAGGACGGAAAGGGAGAAAGAUCUCGAAGCUGGCGGUAUGAAUGGAUCUCCAGCAACGCAAACGCAGAUAACAGAGAUUUCGAGAGCCUGA